UCUUCUCACAAACUACGUAUACUGAAAACUUUACGUGCUCUCUUUUCUGCGACUUCCUCCAUCACACACUAAUCUCCUCACUGCAAUUUUGCUCUGUUUUUUUCUGUUGUCUGCAGAAAAUUAAGAAAAGAAUAUAUAAGGGGUCUCUCUGCAAAAUCUUUAAAGCCCUUAUACAUUUCGGUUUUUUGGAAAACUGUGUCAUUUAGGCCAUUGCUCGUUAUAUUCAGAAACAUUUUCUCUGAUUUUAGUUUUGCAAAAUUAUAUAUGGAGAAAGCAAAGCAAGUAGUUGGUCAAUCUUCUUCUUCAUCCUUUACCAACGAUCUAUUUGGUCCCAAACAGCGGACAAAAUCGUCGCUCUUUGGUUCCGUUUUUGGCCCGCAUUCCACGGGACUUGGAAGGGAUUCCAUUCACUCUGGAGUUAGAGGUGUAUCAAGAGUCCAAGAUCCAGGACACCAGUCAUUUUGCAAUGCAAAAUAUGGAACUUCAGAAAAUGGGUCUCAAAGAAGCAGGGGAGACAUCAAGAAUACCAUGUAUCAGAAUGAAACAACAGAACCAUGCCAUUUGAGCUCAUCUAUUUACUAUGGUGGCCAAGAUAUUUACUAUCCAGCUACUCAGACCUCUAGCUACCAGAGUACUUUCAAGAAAAAUGAAGAAGAUGAUUAUCAUAAUGGAAACAAUUCAAACUGUGCUUCAAGAGGAAAUUGGUGGCGAGGAUCAUUGUACUAUUGAGGCAUGCAAAUCUGAUCAGUUUUAAAAAAGUUACAAGAUCAAAGAAGGAAAUCAUCACCUGCAACGAGUGGUAGAUCUUACAACAUUUGAUCAGCCCUUUGAUUUUUUUUUUGAAGUGCGGCCUUUCACAGACCCGGGAUGUUUCUUGUACCAAGCUACACCUUUUUCUUUAUGAUAGUAAUUGUAGGACCUUAAGACAACUUGUACAUGGGUUCAUGAGUUCGACAGGACCCACUGUUGUGUUGAACCAUAUAUAUAAAUUUGGCAUAAAGUGUAAACAUAUAUUUAAAAAUCUACUUUCUUAACUUAGAAUUCA